CUUGGGAGGAAGUCCCAUGCGUAUCCUUGUACAUAUUGCAUUGGUAUUUCCAUUUUUCAUCUUAUUGCAUAAAAAAAAAAAAGAGAGAGAAGUUGUGUGCAGGUGCUUGAUCGGUUCAUUUUGAGCAGGAGUCGUGCGUGGGAGCGAGGUCUCACAGCGACACCUCAAGGUCGCUCCAGCUGGGAGCGAGGUUUCGAGAGCGACACUCCAAGGUCGCUCGCGUUUUCGUCGUCGGAUCAAGAAAAAUCGCCUCAGAGCGAGGUCUCGGAGCGAGGCCGAAGGGUCGCUCCAGCUGGGAGCGACAUUAUGGGAGCGACACCUCGGAGUCGCUCGCGUUUUCGACGAAACGGAGCUCAAAAACUGACCCGGAGCGACGUCCUAGAGCGACGCCUUGAAGUCGCUCCAGCCCAGAGCGAGGUUUCUAGAGCGACACUUCAAGGUCGCUCGCGGUUUUGUCGAAACACGACGCGAGGAAACGACUCGGGAGCGACCUUUCCCAGCGACACCCUCACGUCGCUCCCGAACCGGUCCAGGUAAGUUUCCUAACUCUAAACCCCGGUUUGAUUCAAGUAAACCGACCCUAGACCACCCUAAACCGAACCGGACGACCCUAAACCUACCCCAACCCCCGCGACUCUAUCUCUCUCACUCUCCCCUCCUCUCACAAACUCACAAACUCUCUCAAACUCACCCACACCAAAAAUCCCAAAACCUUCUCAAUUCUCACCCAAAUCAACUAGUUCUUGUUUCUAAACCAAGCUUUCGCCCCUGUAGCCUAUUCCUCACCACCCAUUCACCAUUUCCUUUCAUCCAGAGCAAGGUGAAAAUGGUUAAGAAGACAAAGGGAAAGUUGGAAGCUGAGAAGCAAGAAGCUGAAAGAAAAGAGUUUGCAUUAAGAGGAAAAGCUUUAUCCUGCGAGCCAACUGGGUCAGGGACGCAGAGAACCGUUCGACAGCAGACUUUGGCUGCAAGGAAAUCGCAAGAACAAGAGAAGAGGGCUGGGAAAAGUGUAGCAGUUCCCACUCAUGAGGAGAGUGAAACUGAGAGUGCUGAUGAGCAGGCACCUACGAAGAAAGCCAAGAUGUCCAAAGGAAAAGGGGUUGCUGUUGAUCGAGACAGGGCAAAAACUCCAUCUGUGGAGGAGCUGUAUGAUCACUUGAAGAAUGGGGUCACUUGGGCUCCAACCAGGUUCGCCGACCUCGAUUUGCUGAAGGAGUUGGGCCUAGAAUCCGAUAUUGAGGCGAUGCUGGGACAUUUGAAGAUGCCAAAACUCCUCACCAUGGCUUAUCCUUUCUACAAGGAUGUCACUUGUCAGUUCCUAUCCUCUCUUGUGGUCACUUACCACGACACGGCGCAUGUGAGGCAAGGAUGGGGAAAAAUCACGUUCAAGGUCAAUGGAAGGGAAUACAACAUGAACUUCAAGGACAUUGGGAGGGUCAUGGGGUUCCAAGACCUAGAAGACCACUCACUUCCCAAGUGUGAGAACCUCCCCACAGAGCUUUGGAAGUUGAUCACUGGAAACAGGCACUCUACCGGGGCUGACAAGAACUCACACAUCCGACACCCGUCUGUACGCUACCUCCACAGAUUGCUAGUCCAUGCUUUCUACCCACGGAAGCAAGCUGGUAAUGUUACUGAGGAAGACAUGCGACUGCUCUGUCCGGCUAUCCGUCCUUACGCUCAACCUGGAGUGUUACCCCUUCCCAGCACUGAUAUCUAUGCUACCUUUGGGAUGGUCAGUUUCUUUGUGGGCCGUCUCGAACACUACAGAGACUGGGCGUGGUACACCACUGAUUCGCGCCCAAAGAUGGGGAUAGGCGGAAUGAUCACACCACUGCUCCAAUUUCUGAAUGUUCCCUUGGGAAAGGACGCAGCGGGGCCUAGGUUCAUUGAUGGCACCUACUUGAGGAUUGCCACCUAUUUCAGUGGGAUGUAUGGGAAGGACUACGUCUACCACUACUACUUGCAGGGCAAGCCAGUCGAGGUGGUUCUUCCAAACCGGAACCUGACGAGUUUAGAGAUACCAGGAGCUGUCAGCUUCAACAUUCCCCAGGAGUACUUUCUCGGAGAACACGGGCCUCUCGAUCCAAUUCAAGCAGCUUCAUCAAGGAGAAGGAGUGUCCCUACGCAACCUGACCCGCCUGUUGCAGACACGUCUGAGCAUAUCUAUGGACCUCCGCGCUACUACUUCAAGCCCCAUGACGGAGUCCUUCCCCCUGGAGCUCUCCGUGAUGCUCAUGACCACAUUGGUCGUCUCCAGAGGUGGAACAAAGCUCAGGACAGAACGAUAGAAAAGCUGAAGGAUAAGUGCAAGGCGCUCAGCAAGACUGUGAAGAAGCAGGCAAAGACUUCAGCCAAGUUCAUGAAGAAAGUAGCUGAUGUCUUAACUAGGGGAGGAAUAGCUGGAUGUAGCUCAGCCGAUUUCGCUUUCGCGAACACCUCAAACCCCCAGCCCCCACCCCCGCCUGAUGCUCUUGGCUUCCCCCUCACUGCUGCGCAGCUUCAGCGUAAGUGGAGGAACCCACCCACUCAACCUUCCACUUCCGGCAACAAAUCCCCAUCCCUCGCUUCUUCUGACAGUGAGCACGAGAUUGACGAGGUUGAGAGCCAGCCAUGGUAUGGAGGCUCCGGUUCAGCAUCCGGUGGUUACUACACCACCUUCCCUCCUGACGACGACGAUGCUGGGGCAUCUGCCCCCACCUAUUAUCCAUAGGAGGUACUUCUUUCUCUCCCUUGUAUAUACCAUUUCAUUUUUUGCAUAUUAGUUUUCUUCUCGGUAUCUCCUUCUUUCUUUGACAACACAGAGACUGUGUAACUCAAGUUUGGGGGAGGUACCAAGCAUUUGAUCAUGUUUGCUUUGAUUGUGUUUCAUUUGAGUCAUGCAUUGCACACCUAUUUGCAUAAAAAAAAAAAAAAGGAUUUUUCAUUUAGUUUACAUCAUUUGCACCAUUAGGAGAGUCUAGAGCAUAUAGGUUGCAUUCACUUGCAUUGGGAGCAAUGAUUUUAAAUGCCUUGUAAAGAACACUACGUUGCACCAUUGAGUAGCCAUGCACCUCUCGAAAAGACUUGUAUGUUUCGAGCCUUGAAAACUCUUCUUGAAACUUGUUGAUUGCUGAAACUCAGUCUUUGAAGCCAACUACAACCUUAUUAGAAAUGAAUGAACUUAAUGCUUCUUGCUUAGGGUCCCUUGUGUACUGAGUCAUGGCUAUACACACUGGAGUUGUCACAUCUUUUAUGCCAAUCUUUUUGACAAACUCUAGUGGUAGACCACUCCCAAAACCUU